AUGUCCAGCCACGCUAUUUUGGCGUUGGUUGCUGAUCAAAACAGUCCAGGUAACAAUAGGCGUCUUGCAGCGGAGCUUCAAUUCAAUAAGCUCGCUGCUGAAGACCCAUCUCAAGUAGCGUUCGAGCUCAUUCAAGGAGCGUGUUCAGCCGACGAAAAAAUUGAUAUUAGACAGGCUUGUCUCUUGCACUUAAAACGGCUCGUGCCGAAAUUUUGGUCUAUGGGAUUUGAGCUGUUUGUGGGCCCGCCAAUUGAUCAAAAACUCAAGCAAGACAUCAGAUCAUCUUUACUUAAGUUAGUCUCUACCGAUCCAAACUCGAAGGUUCGGUCGGGAAGUGCUUAUGUUAUUGUACAAAUUGCUGCUGCUGAUUAUCCUGAUGAGUGGCCCGAUUUGCUUGUGCAAUUGUACGAUUUGGCUCGAGACUUAAAUAACCACACUGCUGUUGUGGGAAGCUUGUCUGUAUUGACCGACUUGUUUGAUGACCUCAUUAGUGAGGAGCAGUUUUGGGAGGGUGGUGUUGGCUCUCAGCUCCUCUCAUAUAUCACUAAUUUAUUGGGCCAGGAUGCAUUACCUGCUGAUAUCAAGACCAGUGCGCUCAAAUUGUACCUUACAGUGUAUAACACCUUGCUGAGUGCCGAAGCGGUGGAAGUUCCUGAGAGAAAGGCUGCUGUCGUUGAUCAUAUCGUCAAAAUGUUCAUGCUUGCAGGUCAAUUAUUGGAAAAGCUGUGCAAUGCCACUGCUAACUCUUUGAACCUUUCCGAAAUUUACUUCAGAAUGAAACUUUACAGAGUCAUUGCCAAUAUUUUGAGCACUUAUAGAAAACGUGUUGGCAAGGACUUAGUUUCAAAGGUUUGUACGAUCAUGCUCCAAGACCUCACCUACUCAUCCAAUGCAUACAAGCUCGUUGCCCUUGAUGGCAACACCCAAUCGAUAGUUGCGGGUACUCACAACGAGCUAGACGACCCUGCGCGUGUCAUCACCAACCACCUUGCUGAGUUGUUGUCGACUUUGUCUUUAAUUCAGGAUUCCUUGCCCCUUGUUAAAAACUACCCACUUGAGGUCUUCGAGGAGCUUACUCGAAGCAUUGUUCAGUGUGCUAUUUUGCCGGCUGAAACUGCAGAGGAAUAUGUCUCUGAUUUCAAUGCCUAUGUCACUGAGAUCUCGGGUCUCUCUGGCGUGACAACCGCAAGAGAUGCUGUGAGAGAUUACGUCAUGGACUUGGGCGAUAAAGAUGCAGCACAACUUUUCGACAUGAUAAAAAAUGAGGCAAUGAACAGAAGCCUCGAUUGGAGGUUACAGGAAGCCUACUUAUUGUUAGCAGAAUCAGCAUUUCUGAAUGAGCAAGCAGAAUCUGUUGGGGCUGACCUUCAGUUAUCCCAGUACCUCGCAAGUAUUGAUGAGCUUGUAGAUCAAGCACACCCCUUACUUGUUGCGAGAAUCUUUAUCCUCCUUCCUAAGUUCAUAGAAAAAUUCUCGGGCAAGCUCUCUGUGAGUGAUUUUGGAGGUGUUCAGUUUAAGAAUACCUAUGCAUUCGCAUCUUCCCCCUCGUCAGAGGAGCUGUUCAAGCUUGUUAAGGCGAGCUCGCUUGUGGCUGCCACUUUCUGGAAUCAAGUGCCAGGGUUGAAGCUAAAGGAUAUGGGUCUUGAACUGCAAGGACAAAUUGUUCAAAUUGCAUCAGAUUUGCUUGAUGAUAGCGAAGAAGAUACUCCACCUGUCAUAAUGGAGGCGCUCUCAGUUGCCAUCGACAUCGAUCAACGCAAUGCAUUCACUUUAAUAGUGAACGAUGAAUAUUCUGUCAUCGACAUAAUAAUCAAGGCGGCAUUCAAGGAUCCUGCUAAUGUGCAGCUCACUAUAGAUUCGAGAGAGUGUCUAGACACUUUACUAAAGGAUGUUUCACUACAAGAGUUUCUUCAAGUGUGUGACAGGCUGCUUCCCUUCGUCAUAAAAAUCAUCCAAGAGGCGGUCUCCUCCACUGCUGUCGAAUAUUCCCCUAAGCUCAGUUUAGCACUUGACCUUUUGGGUAACCUACUUGUGGCUGCUCCAUCCAAGGCUAAUGAUCAGGCCGCCGAUAGCUUCCCAAAAGACGUAUUCGACUUUGCAUUUCCUGUUCUCAGGCAACUCAUAAUGAAGGCCAGUGAUGAUCAGAUCUUACAAAGUGGCGCUGAAGUUUUUAAUAGCCUUCUACAAAAGGCCCCCAAGUACUUCGUGGAAUACUCUGACCCAGAGACCAAAGAGUCUGGGAUGCAUAUCCUUAUCGCAGUUGCUGGAAAAUUCCUUUCGCCAGAGCUUUCAGAUAGUGCUGCGAUGAAUUGUGGACUUAUAGUCGCGUCCUUAUUCGAAAACUUUCAAGCAUUCUUUGAUAGUGAUUUCUUCUAUCAAUUGCUAGAAGCAACAGUGAGAAGAUUGGUCAUUGCCAAAGGUGUAGUUACGAUUGAAAACCUUGUGAUGGUCUUCUGCAAGCUUGUGUUAAAUGCAUCGCCUGAAAACCUCAUCAAUGCAUUGACCGCUGUGAAUGUAGUGAUGCCAGACUCACAGCAACAACGCAAUGGAUUGGAAGCUGUUUUGCCCAUCUGGUUCGGUUCAUUUGAGGUUACCAGAGGUUACGAGAAGAUUCAGCAAAACAUCCUUGCAUUGGGAAAACUUUAUUCCCUCAACGACUCCAGGCUUUCUUCCAUGAUUGUUGAUGGAGAUAUUAUACCUUACGAAGGCGACAUGAUCAUCACCAGGUCGAAGUCUAAAACCAUGCCUCAAAAGUACACUCAGAUUCCCGCUCCUGUCAAGAUCCUCAAGCUACUUGCCAAUGAGUUGGGAUUCCAGUGCCAGCAACCUAAUGCGGAGGAUUACCAGAUUGAAAACCGUGGCGAUGAUGACGAUAAUGGUGAUGACUGGGAAGAUCUUGAGGACAUUGGAGUUCCCACUUACGAGAAGCUCAAGUCAUAUGUCGACUCCGAUGAAGAGGAGGAGGACGGAGCCCCUGUUGGAGACCAGACAGUGAAGGAGAUGUUGGUUCAAUUCUUCAAGGAGUGCAUUUCCAAGAAUCUUGGUAAUUUCCAGCAAUACUAUGAAGCUCUUGAUGAAGACGAGAAGAAAAUCCUCACUGAGAACGUUGUGUUCUAA